AUUUAUUUGUUUAUUUUAUCCUAUUAUCCGGAUAUAAAUAUAUUCCACAAUUAUAUCUCCACCUAUAGUUCAGGGAAGUCCCAGCUUCAAGAGAAAACAUAAUCUUAGAACUUGUCAUUAAUCAAACAAAAAUGUGUGCAUUAGUCCCUCCAGUGUUCCCAAACUUUGGGUGGCCGUCGACAGGAGAGUACGAGAGUAACUACCUGGCAGGAGUGAACCUCGAGGACUUUACGUUUCUUGAUUUUCCGGCACCAGAGACAUAUGGAGUGGAACAUUAUCAGGAGAUUCAGGAAAUGUUGGGGGUCUCUGUUCCGUCCGAGGGGAAUGGAGUUGUAACCAAGAAGCUUAAUCACAAUGCUAGUGAGCGUGACCGUCGCAAGAAGAUCAACUCUUUGUUCUCGUCUCUCCGUUCAUGUCUCCCAGCUUCUGAUCAAACGAAGAAGCUAAGUAUUCCUCAGACGGUUUCUCGGAGCUUGAAGUACAUUCCAGAGCUGCAAGAGCAAGUGAAGAAGCUAAUACAAAAGAAGGAAGAACUCUUGGUGCGAGUAUCAGGUCAAAGAGCCAUUGAACAUUAUGUUGAGCCGCAGCCAAAGGCCGUUGCACGUUACGUCUCGACCAUUUCUGCGACUAAGCUUGGAGACAACGAAGUGCUGGUCCAAAUCUCAUCGUCCAAGAAUCAUAACUUUUCGAUAUCUAAUGUGUUGAGUGGGUUAGAAGAAGAUGGGUUUGUUCUUGUUGAUGUUUCAUCUUCCAGGUAUCAUGGAAAAUGGCUCUUCUACUCUUUGCAUCUUCAAAUGGGAAAUAAAGAUAAUCACAAACUGAAGUGCGAAGAGCUAAGCCAGAGAAUUUUGUACUUGUAUGAGGAAUGUGAAAACUCAUUUAGAUGAUAAUUUGUUAUUGUUUCUUUUAGUUAAAAGCUAAGAGACCGUAUCUUAUAUUA